GUCUGCUUCUCCACACCAGACUCCUCUCAUCCCUCUGAGCUGGAGGAGCAAGCAGGAACCUGUGCGCAGCUUCCACCUCAGCGGACUCUCGGAUAGAUAACAGUGUUGCCCAGUGGGGAAGAUGGAUGUUCUGUUUCCUGCGGUUCUUCUUUGCGCUGCGAGGAUCCUCGGUGGAGCAUCAGCCGCGUCUCACUAUAAUUGCAAUGGUCCUCUCGCAUCAGCGUUGCCACACUCAUCGUUUCAGAGCUCAUCUCAGUCCUCGGCGAGUUAUUCUGCCUUCUAUGCCAAGCUCAACAGGAGAGACGAAGCAGGAGGUUGGUCUCCUAUGGUGACAGACCAAGACCCCUGGCUCCAGGUGGACCUCCGGGAGCAGAUGGAGGUGACUGCCGUGGCUACGCAGGGACGUUACGACAGCUCGGACUGGGUCAGCAGUUACCUGCUGCUCUACAGCGACACGGGUCGCAUCUGGAAGCAGUACAGACAUGAGGAUGGAUUGGAGAAGUUUGAUGGGAAUGUGAAUUCAGAAACCGUCAUCCAGAACAAGCUGUCCCACCCUGUGAAGACACGUUUCCUGCGCUUUGUCCCUCUUGAAUGGAACCCCAGUGGAUGGAUGGGCCUGAGAGUGGAGGUGUUCGGAUGUUCCUACAAAUCAUACGUGGCAGAUUUCGAUGGGAGAAGCUCACUACUGUAUCGGUUCAACCAAAAGUCCAUGUCAACGGUGAAGGAUGUAAUUUCUCUACGCUUUAAGAGCCACCAGGCGGAGGGUGUCCUGUUGCAUGGAGUGGGGCAGCGGGGAGACUACAUCACACUGGAGCUGCACCGAGGAAGACUGGACCUCUAUCUCAACUUAGAUGAUAGCAGGUCAAGGUUCAGCAGCCGCCGUGUUCCAGUUACCGUGGGCAGCCUGCUGGAUGACCAGCACUGGCACUCUGCUCACAUCGAGCGCUUCAACAGGCAGGUCAACCUCACUGUGGACUCCCACACACAGCACUUCCAAACCAGCGGGGAAGGACAGUCUCUGGAGGUGGACUACGAGCUGAGCUUUGGAGGAAUACCUCUUCCUGGGAAACCUGGCACCUUCCUGGGGAAGAACUUCCAUGGCUGCAUUGAGAACCUCUAUUAUAAUGGCAUCAACAUAAUAGACCUGGCAAAGAGACGCAAGCCGCAGAUACACAGUGUGGGCAACGUGACCUUCUCAUGUUCGCCACCCCAGCUGGUGGCCUGCACCUUCCUGAGCUCGAGCAGCAGCUUCCUGUCGCUCCCGUCUGUUACUGCCCCCACAGGGGAAUUCACUGUUCGCUUCCAGUUCAGGACCUGGAACCCCGACGGGCUUCUGCUCUCUGUGCAGCUCAACCCAAGUCCACAGAAACUAGAACUGCAGAUCAGCAACAGCUGGCUUCAUUUGACCCUCCAUAGCACAGGACGACAGAGAUCAGAGGUUUCUGCUGGUCGCAGAGUCAACGAUGGAUUAUGGCACACUGUGAGUCUUACCAGCAGGAACCUGCAGAUCACUCUGAGUGUGGAUGGCGAGCCUUCAUCCAAGGUUGAACUUUGGGAAACAGUGGAAUCAAGAGGCAGCUUCUACUUCGGAGGCUGUCCGCCCACAGAGUGUCACAUCCAAGCUCCUGCCUUCCAGGGGUGCAUGCAGCUCAUAUCCAUCAACAAUCACCUGGUGAAUCUCACUCAUGUGCAGCAAGGAUUGCUGGGAAAUUAUAAUGAGCUGCGGUUUGACACAUGCAAUAUGAAAGACAGGUAA